UAGUUUGUAAGAGUACAACUAUGAAGUCGAAAGGAAAACAUAAAGAUUCAAACUUAAGUGCCUACAAAAAGAAAUUGGAAAACGUGAGAGCCUUUGGUUUGGAAUCAAAUUUAUCAGAAACAGAAAUAUGUUCCGUUAUGGACGAGUAUAUGAAGUCCUUUAUGAUGAAAAACAGUUUGAUGACUGAGGGCACUGCUCGAACCUCUCGGUUGCUACCUCGUGCUAGAAACUCAAUGCCGUAUUUAAAGAAUUUUUUAAUAUUUUUGGCUAGUUUCCUAUUCUCUGUUUUGAUCAUGUAUAUUGUCCUGCAACAUAAACCAACCCAGUAUUUUAUUCAAAGCAAGUUACAAGAUUUUAUCUAUCCUGGAAUGAAGGUCUUGAGGAAAUUAUCAUUACCUAUAAUAUCACUGUUUCCCUCAUUGACUAAUUUUUACGAUGAAAGUUGUCUUGUGGUAAACCCUUUUUUCCGAGUGCCUGACAUGCCUUGUCCCUGUGAAGAUGUGAAAGCUAUAUUAAAUUUAACUGGUGAAGAUAUCAAGAGAGAGCAGUAUCACUCUGGUGUUCCAUUCAUGGUAAAGGUAGAUAAAGAGGAAAUAUCCUUUGAAAACCUGAAAGUUUUGUAUGGAAACCACAAUACUGUUUUUGACAGAGAUGCGUCUUAUCUUAUUAUCUCAUCACCGUCGAAUCAAGGUGUGAAAAGCACACCUGCAUCCUUAUUCACAUUAGAAUGGGACACAAAUGACAAGACGUGGAGUUCCACUCAUGUUCAGUGGAGAUGCAAUCGAAUGGAACCAACACGCCUACUCAGGUCACAUUUUGGUGUGCCUGAAAAAGAACCAAGCUAUGCUGCUGGAGUCACAAUAGAAAAACUAGUCAUGAUGGAUGGACCCAGGGCUCCAUCUUAUCACUUGCCAACCACAGAUGGCACUACAGUUUUCAUUCAGCAGUCAAGUGGGUCUCGUGUGAUUGUUUUGAAUCCCGCAAAUGAAUGCAAAGAGAAAUGCUCUACAGUGUCUGUUGAACUGCCACCAGGGCAUAUCUUGUGGUUCAGCUGGUGGUACUGGCGAGCCAGCAGUCUGCCGUCGCCCGCCACAAGCUCCGUAAGUGUGUCCUACGUAGGCUCGUACCUCUGACCCUGACGUCAUCAGACCCAGAGAAUGGACCUUUAUUCUCUUGCAGUAGGUAAGGAUCUCAAUUUCACUCAACUCAGACGCGCAGCGCGAACCGCGAACCGCGCGUCGACCUGGGUUCGUUGGGUUGCCUACCCACCAGGUUCACUUGUCGAGUCCCGUGCGUUGGGUUGCCUACCCCCACGGCGCGUCGACCUGUUCGAGGUGGCUCUCGCGUGGCGCCACUUUUUUGUGACAAGGGAAAACUAUCUUUUAGGGAAAUCAUUUUUGUAAAUAAUGGAAUUGUUUCUCCGGGACGCCAAUCUGCCCGUUUGCUGAGACUGCGCAAAAUCAAGACUGAGCGUUUUUAGUUUGUACGAUGUGACGAAAGUUGUGAGCUUCGUCGAUCCGGCCUCGGUUUGCUUUUGCAACGUGUGCUACCAAUAUCUCGAUGUGGUGUGAUAAGCGAAUAAAAGCGAUCUACGACGA